ACCUCGGCAUUGAGGUAAGUGGCAACGCGUGGAGUUAGGUCAGUUUGACAGGAAGCUUCGCACACGCGCGCUGUGAUCAUGGUACGGAGCGAAGGGUGAGUGAGAGAAGGAAUUGAAUUGAUAAAGCAAUCCACUUUUUCCAUCGUUCUCAUUUUCCAAACCAAGUAAUGCUCUCCCACUCCAAAGUCUGUGUGUUGUGAAUCGUAAAGUCACUGAUUCAGCCCCAGUUUCGUUCCAAGACUAGUCAGUUUGAGAAGCUCGGUCUUCUGUUAUCUCAUUCCUCCCACCGACGAACCCUAAGUUUGCUGAAUCUUAUUUCUGAAGGUGGUUUUCUAUGGUGAUUCUUUAUUCGUAGCCUCCGAUGAUCAAAGCCGAUUUCUUCUGAUUCUGCAAUAUAUUUUUCUACAAAUUCAAAUCCUUCGUCGAUUGUCCGUUUGCUUCUUUCUCAUUUCGUUUGAAUUUUAGGCUUUUUUCAGUUCUGAUGGAUGGAGAAUCACAAAGAAUCUCACAGGAGUUUCCUCAUUCUACUGCCCAAAGUGGUUUAAGUGGUAGUCAGCCUCCACGAUGUUCUUUAUGUCAAAAGAUCCUUUCACCUGAUACUGAGGUGGCUGGCGACCUUGAAAGUAUCGGUAUUUGUGGGGACUGUAAAUUUUUGCUCCUUGAAGAUUUUGGUACCCCAACACAUGAAUCUCAUCAUAGGAGGCCACCUAGCAGAAGAAGAACCAGGUACAACAGUAGUUCUGAGUCAAUUGAGAAUCUCUUCUCACAGCAGUUCUCACAAAUGAUAAAUCUGGCAAGGCAAACUCAGUCCUCUGUCUCUGGUCUUGAGGAUUCACCAGGAGAUGGUGAUGCUACUACUAGGUUACCUCAGCAUACAAGUUCCCGUGCUGCCCCAAGAGGGUCUACAAGGUGGCGGCGGGUGCUUUCUGAUACUGAAAGUGAUGGUUUUGACAAUGCUGAUUCUCUUUAUGCUGAGAGUGAAUCAAAUGUCAGUUUUGGUCGGUAUAGGGUUUUCCAUGCUGAGAGUGAUGCUGUUUCUUUUAGUACUUAUGGUGGGGACUCUGACGCUUCUGUAGACCUGCAUGGUUUCCUAGAUUCAGAGAUGUUUACUCAACCAAAUGAGGGAAGUGAUUUUGACAGUGAGACUGAUAUUGAUCCAAUGCAUGCUGGGCUCAAUCAGUGGAACUCAGAUGAGCUUGAAGAAGAAGGUGGAGGAGGAGAAGAGGAAGAAGGGGAAGAGGAAGAUGGUGAAUGGGAAGAAGUUGAUGGGGAGGAAAACACAGUUGAUUCUACAGAAGCAAGAGCUCGAUUUCAAAAUUUUUUAUUUUCAAGUCAAAGUGAAAGCAAUUAUGCUGUAGGCUGGUCACGACAGACCCAUUCUCCUGAAUCGGAGGGUAUGAUUAAUUGGAGAGCUAAUAGUCAAUUAUAUGCUUAUGACAUCUUUUCUAACUUGGAGCAAUCAGAGUUUCUGCCUUAUAUUGGAAACUCUGGCGAUUAUCUUGAUGCAAGAGGCUUUGAAGACCUACUUCAGCAUCUUGCUGAGGCUGACAACUCAAGACGAGGAGCACCUCCUGCAUCUGUGUCCUGUGUGAACAGUCUACCUCGGGUGGUCAUUAAUAAGGAACACAAGAAACAUGAUGACUUAGCCUGUGCAAUUUGCAAGGAUGUGUUAUCCAUUGGCACGGAAGUGAAUCAGCUACCAUGUAAACAUCUGUAUCACCCUUCUUGUAUCUUGCCGUGGUUGAGUGCACGAAAUUCUUGUCCUCUUUGUCGGUAUGAGCUACCAACUGAUGAUAGAGAAUAUGAAGAGGGGAAGCAAAACAUUAUCAAUAGAGGGCAGAUGCAUGAUGUCCAGCAAGAUGUGGGUGAGGACAGUUCCUCAGAUGUUUCUGUUAUAGCUGAAGAAGAUGGAGAGCAUGAAUUUAGCAGAGACAUAUCAGAGCAAAGAGAGGUGCUAGAUAUAGAACCAGCCAUCAACAGCUCCGUGAGGGAGAGCAGUACAGGAAGGUGGUUUUUUCUUGCUGCUGCUCCAAUAGUUGGUCUGGUGGGCAUUGUUCUGGUGUUUUGGUUAGGCAAUCCCCUUGGUGAAAGUAGAGGGGCAGCAAGGCUCCCUGAACAGGGCCAACGACAAAUUCUUGUUUCUGGCUCUUCACUCAACCAAAGGGAGAAUAGAAGCAGAAGAUGGUGGUCACUGUUCUAAAGACACUUUUUGUGUAACUUAGCAAUCUUCUUGUUGUUGAACAUGCGUAUUUUUGUGUAAGAAUUCUUGUUUGUAAUUUAAUAGAUAAAGACUGACGUGGUCUUUUGCAUGAA